AUGACAACUCAGCAAGUCUAUAUCGAUCAUCUUCUCCUUCAGUUUAACCAGGAGCAGUUUGAGAAUCUCCCGUCCUGGAUUUCGGAAAACUUUACUGUGAUAAAUGGUGGCGUUCAUACUGGUGGCCUGAGCCAAAAUAAGCUUAUCAUAUUCCGCGACGGAACUUACCUCGAGCUGUACAAUUGGGUCACAAAGCCAGAUGACUGGAGGAAGCGGUUACCAGGAGACUUCGCCUUGACAGCACUGGACCCAAUCUCCGCCGAAGCCAGCAGGGAACGCAUUGUGGAUGCACUGGAAAACAAACCAGGGGACGGCAAAGUUGGGCUGACGUAUUCCCUACCUCAAGACGGAGGGCGCAAAAACGCUGAGGGUGUAGACAUCCGCUGGAAGAUUGUCAAAGCACGGUACACCCAGGAAGUUUCGACCCCUCCAGACGAAUUCUACCCGAGAGGACGCACAGAUGCACCCUUCUUUUGCCAUGACCUCACUCCGCGCAACCGUCGCGUCACUUUCGAUCUGCCCUCUGUGACGCAGCAUCCAUCUGGGGCUACGGGGAUAGAUAAGAUCGAGGUUCUUGUGCCUAAGGGCUGGCUGCAAUCAUAUACGGAUCUGUAUACGUCUAUUGUUGGAGCUUCUCCACAGCAACACGAGGACGGAGUCGAGUUCCGGCUAUCUGCACCAGGCGACGAAGGCUUCUCUGGGACGCUCCGCGUUCGAGCUGCAGAAACGGCCGCAGAUGAACAGUUCUUGCGGGAAAAAGGUGUCGGUAUUAGUUCUCUUGUUUUGCGGUCGGACACCAGUGGCCCGUUGAGUUUUCCGAUCGUCGAUUACCUUCAAUGA